ACAAGGUCAGAGGUUACAAAUCCAAGAUGGCGCCCCGCAUGAAUCACAAUAAAGGUGAUCAGUAAAUAAGAUUAGAUAAUGGUACGGUCGCGGUCGGCAUAUUUGUCAUUGGUGGCAAGCGUUUUCAACCGUAUUAUCGUCUAGUCAGCAAUACCUUCACCCCUCGUCGAUACGUCGCUGUACACUGGCAUAAACUUCUCAAGAUGUCAGGGGCAAAUGCAUGGACUCGCAGCAGAGAGCGGAUGAGGCUCUUCCCAGAGUUGCUUGCACAAUGUGCAGCAGAGGCAACGGCAUAUGGCAAGUGCGUGACAGCGACAACUGUUGGCAAACAAGAGUUGAAAAAGGACCUGUGUCAGAAAGAGUUCGAGUCACUGAAGACAUGCUUUACCAAAGCGGCCAAGAAAGCUGGAAAAUAAUGUCAAUACAUCGUGUGGGAUUACCAACAUGGUACUCUGAAUGAUACACUAUGAAGUUACAGAGCUCAGGCAAGCUGUGUUCGAAGAUUCCUCUACUUGUGCUUCUACUUUUUUGUACAAGUAAUGUUAUGAAGUUUGAGGACUGAGUAGGCCAUCCUGAAUUUGGGAAAUAUCCACUCUAGCUACCUUUGUAAAGGUGAAUCUGAAAGAAUUCAGAUUUUUGUUCUGAAGUCAUUAUGAAUGAAUGAAUGAAUAUUGCUCCAUAUUAUGUAUUAUUAUUUUUGUAAAUACACAUGUUGAUUUUUCUUCUCCCAAA